CUCUCUCUUCGAAUUUUCUGUUUCUCUCUCUAGAACGCUAAAAAAUCCAGGGAAUCGACGCGAACACAAACAUUGCGAGAGAGAGAGGGAGCUGAAAGAGCUCUUCUUCACUCUUCUCCGAUUCCGUUGCUGUUCGAAUUUCCCCUAACCCUAGCUUCCAUGUCUGGCCUGUAUUGCUAGAUCCUCGAGCUCCGUCCGUCCGUCCUUUGCAUCCUCAAUCAAUGGCCGCCGAGCUAGGGCAACAGACGGUGGAGUUCUCCACCCUGGUCGGCCGUGCCGCCGAGGAAUCCUACCUCUCCCUCAAGGAGCUCGUCGAGAAAUCCAGGGAUUCCGACCAAUCCGAUUCCGAGAAGAAGAUUAACAUCCUCAAGUACCUCGUCAAGACCCAGCAGCGCAUGCUCCGCCUCAAUGUCCUCGCCAAAUGGUGUCAACAGGUUCCUUUGAUACAGUACUGUCAGCAGCUUGCGUCCACUUUGUCGAGUCAUGAUACUUGUUUCACUCAAGCUGCAGAUUCGUUAUUUUUUAUGCAUGAAGGACUGCAACAAGCUCGGGCUCCGGUUUAUGAUGUUCCAUCUGCCAUUGAAGUUCUUCUAACAGGUUCUUAUCAGCGUUUGCCUAAAUGUAUAGAAGAUGUGGGAAUGCAAAGCACAUUAAACGAGGAUGAGCAGCAACCAGCUUUGAAAAAAUUGGACACGCUAGUAAGGUCUAAACUCUUGGAAGUUUCACUCCCAAAAGAAAUUUCUGAAGUCAAAGUUUCAGACGGUACUGCACUGUUUCGUAUCAAUGGAGAAUUUAAGGUUUUAGUCACUCUUGGAUACCGUGGACACCUAUCCUUGUGGAGAAUAUUACAUUUGGAGCUACUUGUUGGUGAGAGAAGUGGACUCAUAAAGUUGGAGGAAUUGCGACGGCAUGCACUUGGAGAUGAUUUAGAGCGCAGAAUGGCUGCUGCAGAAAAUCCCUUCAUAACAUUAUACUCAGUUCUUCAUGAGCUCUGUGUUGCACUUGUUAUGGACACUGUCAUUAGGCAAGUACAGGCUCUUCGACAAGGGAGAUGGAGAGAUGCAAUUAAAUUUGAGCUCAUCUCUGAUGGAAGCAUGGGUCAUGGGGGAAGUACUGGUUCUUCACAAAUAAAUCAAGAUGGAGAAGCUGAUACAUCUGGUCUUCGUACUCCAGGGUUAAAAAUUAUAUACUGGUUAGAUUUUGAUAAAAAUACUGGUGUGCCUGACUCAGGAUCAUGCCCAUUUAUAAAAAUUGAACCAGGAUCAGAUCUGCAGAUAAAGUGUGUUCAUAGUACAUUUGUCAUCGAUCCAUUAACUGGGAAGGAGGCAGAGUUUUCACUUGACCAAAGUUGUAUUGACGUUGAGAAGUUGCUGCUAAGAGCUAUAUGUUGUAAUAGGUACACUAGACUCCUUGAAAUCCAGAAAGUCCUUGGGAAAAAUGUUCAGCUUUGUCGAGCUGCAGGUGAUGUUGUUAUUCAGUCGUGUGUGGACGAAGUUGACAUCGAUUCUAAAAAGAAAGAUUAUAAGGCCAAUGCUAGAGAAUACGAAGAAGGACUGGAAGUAUUACGUGUGCGUGCAUAUGGUUCGUCAUUUUUUACCCUGGGAAUAAACAUAAGGACUGGUCGGUAUCUUCUCCAAUCAUCGCAGAAUAUUAUCGAAUCAUCAGCAUUGCUAGAAUGUGAAGAUGCUCUGAAUCAAGGAAGUAUGAAUGCGGCUGACGUUUUCAUAAGCUUGAGAAGCAAAAGUAUUUUGCACUUAUUUGCAUCCAUCAGCAGAUUUUUGGGCCUUGAGGUUUAUGAACAUGGAUUGCCUGCAGUUAAGUUGCCCAAGAACAUUUUGAACGGUUCAGCUAUGUUACUGCUGGGAUUUCCAGACUGUGGGAGUUCUUAUUUUCUGCUUAUGCAACUUGAUAAGGAUUUCAAACCCGUUUUUAAAAUGCUAGAGACUCAGUCAGAACUGCCCGGAAAGGUUCCUUCUUUUAGUAACCUAAAUCAAGUGACACGUAUUAAGAAAAUUGACAUUGGCCAGAUGCAGAUGCUUGAAGAUGAAAUGACGUUGAGCUUGCUAGAGUGGGGAAAAACACAUUCCUUUUUGCCUAGUGCUGGGGGCACUAAUCGGAUUUCUGAAAGUGGUCUUCUUUCAGAUCUUAGCCUUGAGGGUUCUAUGCAGAUUGCAGGAGGCCCUCCAUCAAGUUUCUCAUCUGUUGUUGAUGAAGUAUUUGAACUUGAGAGAGGACCAUCUAUGCAGAAUGUUUCUUCUCCUUUUAAUGCAUCUUCUCGUUUUGGCUCGGUACCUGUCAAUCUUCAUGCCAUAAAAGCUGGAACAGCCUCUCCUAAAUGGGAGGGAACUUUGCAAACAUCACAGAUAAGCAAUUUUGCAAAAGUUUCAAGUGGAGCUUCGUCUUAUGCUGCCUCCUUACAUUCUCCAAGCAAUUUGAAGGGCUCAGUGCAGACCAAUUCUCUUGGUUCGUUGUCAUCCAUCCCAGGAAGGGGUGUUGCUGGUACAAAGCUAUCUGCUUCAAAGUCUGAGCAGGAUUUGCCUUCGCUUAGGUCUCCACAGUCUGCUGAGUUUGGUUCUUGUACUUCUAUGGAUGAAGAUCAACUGAGAUUGCUAAAUGAUUCUUCAAAGGAUGCAAUAUAUGGAAGGUUGUCUCAACUCUUAUCUCCACCCCUACCCACUGGCCCUCGAGUCUCUGGUUCAACUGUGAAAGCUAAUGGACCCAGAAUCUCACCUUCUGGUCCUCUAGCUGGAUCUUCCAAGGUUGCCGGAUCAAGCUCAUGUGCAACUCCCGUAUUAAAAUAUAUACUGUUUUCAGCCCAGGCGUUGGAUUAUGCAGUGUGCCGAAGCCCUAGUUAUGAUGUUCUUUCAAAACAUGAAAAGAAUCCUCGAAAGCGUACAGUUUCAGAUAUGCUGAAUUUGAUUCCAUCACUUAAAGGUGUAGAAACUAAAGGAUUUUGUAAGAGAAGAAAAAUAUCAGAAGUUGCUCGUGCUCAAAAAUCGUCACAAAUGCUUGUGCCAAUGGACAUGGUUUCAAAAACUGAUGGAUACAAUUAUGGCAAUCUUAUAGCUGAAGCUAAUAAAGGAAAUGCGGCAUCUAGCGUUUAUGUUUCAGCUCUUCUCCAUGUGGUCAGGCACUGUUCGCUUUGUAUCAACCAUGCCAGAUUGACUAGCCAGAUGGAGGAGCUGGACAUUCCAUAUGUUGAAGAAGUGGGUUUAAGAAGUGCUUCCUCUAAAAUAUGGUUCCGACUACCAUUUUCCAGAGCUGAUACAUGGCAACACAUUUGUUUGCGACUUGGAAGACCUGGAAGCAUGUAUUGGGAUGUCAAGAUAAAUGACCAACACUUCAGGGACUUGUGGGAGCUUCAGAAAGGAAGCAAUAGUACACCAUGGGGCUCCGGAGUUCGCAUAGCCAAUACAUCUGAUAUAGAUUCUCAUAUCCGAUAUGAUCCAGAAGGUGUUGUUCUCAGCUACCAGUCUGUUGAGAGUAAUAGUAUAAAGAAAUUAGUGGCAGAUAUCCAAAGGCUUUCUAAUGCAAGAAUGUUUGCGCUUGGGAUGAGGAAAUUGCUUGGAGUAAGGGCAGAUGAGAAGGCAGAAGAAAGCAGUUCAAGUUCUGAUGUCAAAGCUCCCCUUUCAGCUAAGGGUGCUUUGGAUGCAGUUGACCGAUUGUCAGAGCAGAUGAGAAGGGCAUUUAGAAUUGAGGCAGUUGGACUAAUGAGUUUGUGGUUCAGUUUUGGAUCAGGUGUUGUGGCCCGGUUUGGUGUUGAGUGGGAAUCAGGCAAAGAGGGAUGCACAAUGCAUGUAACUCCUGAUCAACUAUGGCCACACACCAAGUUCUUGGAAGAUUUUAUAAAUGGAGCUGAAGUUGCAUCUCUUUUGGACUGCAUUCGCCUCACCGCAGGACCCUUGCAUGCUCUUACCGCUGCAACUCGGCCAGCACGAGCUGGUCCUAUUCCAGGGGUCCCUGGGGUUGCAGCAGCACUCUCCUCUCUUCCAAAACAAGCUGGGUACUUAGCAUCCCAGGGACUUCUACCGAGCGGCGUGACUGCUAAUGUUAGUCAGGGUCCCUCUAGUACCAUUGGGAACCCUGCUUCAGUUACUGCUGCUGGUCCUCUUGCAAAUCAUAGCGUUCAUGGGGCUGCAAUGUUAGCUGCUGCAAGCCGAGGUGGCCCUGGAAUUGUUCCUAGCUCAUUGUUGCCUAUUGAUGUCUCAGUUGUGUUACGAGGCCCCUACUGGAUACGUAUCAUAUAUAGGAAACACUUUGCUGUGGACAUGCGUUGCUUUGCUGGUGAUCAGGUCUGGUUACAACCGGCAACACCACCCAAGGGGGGGCCUUCAGUUGGAGGGUCAUUACCUUGUCCACAGUUUCGACCAUUCAUUAUGGAGCAUGUUGCCCAAGAAUUGAAUGUGUUAGAGCCUAGUUUUGUUGGUAGUCAGCAGUCAGGGGGUUUGGCAAAUAAUCAAAACCAAACUUCAGGAUCACAAUUGUCAUCGGCCAAUGGAAAUAGGAUCAACCUCCCAGGUACUGCUGCAGUGUCAAGGGCAGGAAGCCAAGUGGCUGCUUUUAACCGUAUGGGAAGUGUUCCUCCAGGAUCCUCAAAUUUGGCUGUUCUGAACACAGGGGUUCCUUUACGCAGAUCACCUGGAACAGGUGUUCCUGCACAUGUGAGAGGAGAAUUGAAUACAGCAAUUAUUGGGCUUGGCGACGAUGGUGGUUAUGGAGGUGGUUGGGUUCCUCUUGUUGCUCUUAAGAAAGUGCUAAGAGGUAUUCUCAAGUAUCUAGGAGUUCUAUGGCUAUUUGCUCAGCUACCGGAUCUUUUGAAAGAGAUACUAGGAUCUAUCUUGAAGGACAAUGAAGGUGCACUUCUAAAUUUGGACCAGGAGCAGCCUGCCUUGCGUUUCUUUGUUGGGGGAUAUGUGUUUGCUGUAAGUGUCCACAGAGUUCAGCUGCUUCUUCAAGUGCUUAGUGUUAAGCGAUUCCACCAUCAACAGCAGCAACAGCAGCAGCAGAAUUCAACCACUGCACAAGAGGAAUUAACACAAUCUGAAAUAGGAGAGAUAUGUGAUUACUUUAGUCGCCGUGUUGCUUCAGAGCCUUAUGAUGCAUCUCGUGUCGCAUCAUUUAUCACUCUUCUUACCUUACCUAUAUCAGUAUUAAGAGAAUUCUUAAAGUUAAUUGCAUGGAAGAAAGGAUUAGCUCAGGCACAAGGUGGAGAUGUAGCUCCCGCACAAAAACCACGAAUCGAAUUAUGUCUCGAAAAUCAUGCUGGGUUGAACAUGGAUGACAGCUCAGAGAAUUCAUCGGUAGCUAAAAGCAAUAUCCACUAUGAUCGACCUCAUAAUUCCGUUGAUUUUGCACUCACGGUUGUUCUUGAUCCUGCCCACAUACCUCACAUUAAUGCUGCUGGCGGCGCUGCUUGGUUGCCUUACUGUGUCUCUGUGAGGUUGAGGUAUUCGUUCGGUGAAAAUCCUAAUGUGUCUUUUCUUGGCAUGGAUGGCAGCCACGGAGGUCGAGCUUGCUGGUUUCGUGUUGAUGAUUGGGAGAAGUGUAAACAGAGGAUUGCUCGGACUGUGGAAGGCAGUGGAUCUUCGCCUGGGGAUACUAAUCAGGGAAGGUUGAGAUUAGUAGCGGACAACGUGCAAAGAACCUUAAAUUUGAGCCUUCAAUGGUUAAGAGAUGGUGGUGGGGUUACUGCAAGCUCUGGGUCCACGUGAGUGGUUAGAUUUUCAACGGAGAUGUAUAUUUUUGACUAAUUUAAGCUUGGUGGUCGAAUAUCGUGUAUUAGGGGUUUGUCUUCAUGUAUUUGCAGUUUUGUUGCUGGAGGAACUUGUAAGUUAUAGGGGAGAUAAAUAAAUCCUGGAAAAUGGUAUACUUGCAGAAUUAGGGGGCGUGUAGAACUUUACAGGGAUUCUCUCAAUCAUUCUCAUUAGCUGACUUUAGAUCUUCGAUCUUCUGAUGCGUAGGGUGUAAACUGUUUUGGACCUAGAUCAUCUGAUUAGUAGGUGUAAAAUGUUUCUGAAGAUAAAGGGGGUUCUAUUUCAGAGUAUUCUUUCAAGGUGCUUGUUUGGCUUUGUAUAGGUCCACAAUUUGUCGUACACAACUUUGUAAAAAAUUUUGUUCUGCUCAAGUAGUUCAACACCCAAUAGAUUAGCAAAAACUUGAAGGGGUUUUUUUUUUUGAGCUCUUUCUUUAAAGCUCUCGGGAGAAGAUUUGAUUCUUUUUUGACAACUAAACAGAUAUCUGGUUCUGAUUAUCCUUAACUUCUAUGACAGCU